UGACAAGUGUUGCAAAAUGAAGCUGCCAACCUGGGUCGUUCCUGUGCUGUUGCAGCUGUUGUCUUGUGCUGGUUUGGCAGCGGGGGACAAAGCGCCUCUGACACUCGGCUUCUCUCUCUCCAACCCCAACCCCGCCGCCUGCUCCACACCAACGCAGCCUCACCUGAAGGCUCUCAGCCUCGAGUUGGAUUUCUUCGUCAACGUCGCGGACCACCAAUUCAAAGUCCCAAUCAUGCCUCUCCACCUCCUAGGCAAGAAAUCAUGGAAUGUGUACAACACCGUGAACAUCGAGAAGGUCAAGCGCGAUGAAGCCGCCGCCGCAGCUCUCGAAGCCGCUGAAGAGGAGCGCAUGCAAGAUGCCGAUGCGCAACGACGUAUGCAAAUCUUGCGCGGCGAAGAACCCACCCCUCUAGCCAUCGAAGACGCCCCCCAACCUUCGAACUCGAAUCAAGAUGGAGCUGGUGCAAGAGAAAGUGCACCCGGAUAUGGGUAUGGAAGAGAAAGGAAGAGACGUAAGAAGGCUGGGGAGAACGAUACCGACUUCGAGAUGCGCAUGGCCGCAGAGGAUAGAGACCAAGUCAGGGAGAUAGACAAACAGCUCGUCCUACGUAAACCGACAGAAGCACCCCUGGUGGACCAACGAGGAAACAUAUCUCUUUUCCCAGAGACUAUACCUUCAAGCUCUAAAGUGGCAGAGAAGAACCCUGAGGCUGAGCGUGAAGCAGCGCGGAAGAAGAAGGAGUAUGAAGAUCAAUACACAAUGCGGUUUUCCAACGCAGCGGGCUUCAAGCAGGGAUUAGAGAAGCCCUGGUAUGCAUUGAGUUUCGAAGAGAAGGAGGCCAUUAUUGAUGCCGCAAGUGAGGAAAGAAGAGAAGAAAAGGCUCUGAGAAGGACAGAGAAGAGAGAAGACAGGAAAGAGGCCAAAGAGAAAGCCAGAUUUGCAAAUAAUUUUGACACCAAAGGCAAAGAGGAUUACGGCAGAGAAAUCCCACAGAAGGAUGUUUGGGGUAACGAGGAUCCCAGGAGGCAGGAGAGGGCCCUAAAAAGGAUGGUUGAUAAUGACCCGUUGGCUAUGAUGAAGGCGGGUGCUAGGCAGGUUAGGCAAGUUGAGAAGGAGAGGAAGGCUCUAAUGGAAGAGAGGGAAAGGGAGCUCAAGGAGUUAGAACGUGCAGAGAGGAGGAAGAGGAAAGAACGGCGGCGGGAAAGAGACGAGCUGGAUGGCUUCAGCUUGGAUGGUCCAAACCAUCAGUCGGAAGACUCUGAGCGGAGGAGGAAGAGAAAGAGGCGCCACCAUGAGGAAGAUGGCUCUGAAGACGGAGAGUCGAUUGAGUUCAUACUGGAUACAAAAGAAAAGAGAUCCUCGUCCAGUCGACAUGGCGAUAGGGAAAGAGAGAGUGAAAAAGACAGGGAGAGGAGGCACAGACACAAGGAGUCUAGAAGGAGUUCUCAUCGUGAAGAGGACCGGCAUAGACAUAGACAUAGGUCUAGGCACCAUGAUUAGUGUUUAAUAGUAGAAGUACAAUACAGCAGUAUAUUGAAAC